AUGUUAAUUAUCGCAGUGUUGUGCUUGGUGGCUUGUGCGGCGGGCGGGAGCGUGCGCGAGAAGCGCGGCUUCCUCGGCGGGCUGUACUCCGGCGGCGGCGGCUACACUGGUUACGGUGGCAUCUCUGCCUUAGGCGGCAUCUCUGAGGGCUACGCUGCACCCGCGGCUCAAGUAGUCUCCGUCAACAAGGUCGUCAACGUUCCCAAGGUUGUCAGCGUCCCACAAGUAGUCAGGGUUAACAAGGUUGUUUCCGUGCCCCAAGUUGUGUCCGUUAACAAAGUAGUGGCUGCGCCCAGCUACUCUGUCUACAGCAACGGAUACAACGGCGGGUACGGCGGCGGAUACGGCAGCGUAUACGGCGGUGGGUUAGGAAGUGGGUACGGCUACUCCGCCGGUGGUUACUCCAGUGGCUGGUGGUGA